AUGCCUGGCUCAGUAGGAAGCGAUGAGUUCAAUGACGACGAAGCAUUCAUUGUGGACAUCGAUAGCAUCCAAUCCCACGGCAUCGGUGCAGCCGAUAUCACCAAGCUGAAAUCCAAUGGCUUCUACACUGUCGCCUCCGUCCAUGGCGCGACACGCAAGACCCUUCUGAAAAUCAAGGGUUUCAGCGAAGUCAAAGUUGAAAAGGUCAAAGAGGCUAUUCAAAAAUGCCUCCCUUCUACCUCGGGUUUUAUCACAGCAAUGGAACUCCACCAUCAACGAAAGAAAGUCGUACGCAUCUCAACAGGGAGCCAGCAGUUUGACUCCAUCCUUAACGGGUAUUUCUCCCUCUUUUCCUUGCAAAUCCCAUCUAACGAAUCCAGCGGUUUCCAAAGCAUGAGUAUUAGCGAAGUCUUCGGCGAAUUCCGCUGCGGCAAAACCCAACUCAGCCACACAAUGUCUGUUGUAGCGCAACUCCCAAAGGAAAUGGGCGGCGCGGGUGGAAAAGUCGCAUAUAUUGAUACAGAGGGAACAUUUCGACCGGAGCGAAUUGCCCAGAUUGCCGAGCGAUUCGGUCUAGAUCCCGAUACUGCGCAAGAGAACAUUGCAUAUGCGCGGGCACUCAACAGUGAGCACCAGCUUGAAUUGUUGAAUUCGCUCAGUCGGGAGUUUGCCGGGGGCGAGUUUCGACUGCUGGUCAUUGAUAGCAUCAUGAACUGUUUCCGGGUUGAUUAUUGUGGACGUGGAGAAUUGGCGGAUCGGCAGCAGAAGUUGAACCAGUUCCUCAUGAAGCUGGCGCACAUGGCUGAAGAGUUCAAUGUUUGCGUUCUGAUGGUCCAGAGCGACCCCGGUGCUAGCGCACUCUUUGCUGGUGCAGAUGGACGCAAGCCUGUCGGUGGACAUGUCCUUGCGCAUGCUUCUACCACCCGAGUGCUUUUGAGAAAAGGCCGUGGCGAGGAGCGUGUUGCAAAGAUUCAGGAUUCACCUGACUGCCCUGAGCGCGAGGCAGUCUAUAUCAUCACCAAUGGCGGUAUCAACGACCCGGACAAGGUUUGA